AUGAGAAAUCAACUAGACGAUCAAAUAAUUCAAGUGUUACAGGGGGCGGCUCUUUCAGCAGCAACAAAAUCCUCACCUUCACCUCAAAAGAAAUCCUCACAAUCACAUAAGAGAGCUUUAUCUACAGAAAUAGUAUACAAGCUUUUAGGAAAUAUUACCUCUGAAUCAGUUGCGGUGAUAAAUUUAGCAGUGUAUCGACCAGUUGUCGAAUCAAUUAUGAGUACGGCAUCACCUCUAGCAAAAUAG